AUGGAAAAUUCUCAGUUAGCUCCUAAAACAUUUGAUGUUGUUUUCGAUCCAGACGAUAGAUCUCUUCAUUAUUCCUUGAAUCUAAACUCUGAAAUUACUGGGUAUGUUGUAGCAUUAAUCGAUGUUUAUGCUUAUGGCUUUAAAAUUAUUACUAAGCAGAUUAACCCAUGUGAUAUUGAUUGGAAACAAUUUUGCCCAGUGACUCCUGGUGAAAUUGAAGUAGAAUCUAUUCAAUAUAUUUCUGAAGAAUAUGUCAAGGACAUACCUGGUAUUGCAUAUACCGUUCCUGAUAUUGAUGCAUUUGCCCGUGUUAAUGUUGUUGAUUUAAGUGAUGGAGAUAAAGUUAUUGCAUGCAUUCAAGCUUUUUUUACAAACGGUAAAACUGUUUCGCAAAUUGGUGUCAAAUGGGCUACGGCCGUUGUUGCUGGGCUAGGGUUAUUAGUUUCUGCUAUGUUGAGUGCCUUUGGUAAUUCAACAGCUGCCUCUCAUAUUUCUGCCAAUACGAUGUCUUUAUUUCUAUAUUUUCAAAGUGUUGUUGUUGUUUCUAUGCAGCAUGCCCAGGAAGUUCCACCUAUUGCAGCUGCUUGGGCAGAAAAUUUAGCCUGGUCAAUGGGAUUGAUAAGAAUCACUUUUAUGCAAAAAAUUUUUAGGUGGUAUGUUCAAUCCACUGGGGGUAACCCUAGUCUAUAUUUGACCUCUACUACCAUUUCUAUUUUGGUUCAAAGAGGUUGGAACGCGUUUAAAAAUAGCGAAUUAAUGAAGAGGGCCAGCCAGAUUAUUUUAUAUGGGAACAGUAAUGUAUUAAUUUUCAGAGGCAUAAGAAGGAUGGCCUAUCAAAUGCAUAUUGAAAAUACAAGCGUUGUCGUUACCGGUUUCACGUUUUUUGUGUUAUGUGGCUAUGUUUUAGCAGGCUUUAUUAUUUUUUGCAAGUCAUGUAUCGAAUUAAGUAUUAGGGCCGGUUGGCUAAGAAACACUAGAUUUCUGGGUUUCAGGAGUAAUUGGAGAAAUGUUUUGAAGGGUGCCUUGCUAAGAUAUGUUUAUAUUGGGUUUACGCAAUUAACCAUUUUAUCUUUUUGGGAAUUUUUGGAACGUGAUUCCCCAGCCGUUAUUGUUAUUGCCUGUUUGUUUAUUGUUUUAACGUGUGGACUAAUGCUAUGGGCCAGUUUUAGAACUAUAUAUUUUGCCAGAGUUUCUGUUCAACAACAUAGUAACCCAGCUGCUAUUUUAUAUGGUGACGAAGUUGUUUUAAACAAGUACGGGUUUUUCUAUACAAUGUUUUCUGCCAGAUUUUAUUAUUGGGGCUGUGUUGUUUUGUGCUAUAAUUUAGUUAAAGCUGCUUUCACCAGUUUUUCUCAGCAAAGUGGACAAACCCAAGCUUUGGCUAUUUUUAUUAUUGAUUUGGUUUAUUUUAUUAUUUUAAUUGUUUAUCAGCCAUAUUUGGACCGAGUGACCAAUAUCUUCAGUAUUUUUAUCACCACAGUUACAUUGAUUAACUCAUUUUUAUUUAUGUUUUUCAGUGGGUUGUUUAAGCAACCACGUUCAGUUGCUUCUAUUAUGGGGUGGGUUUUUUUUAUUUUAAAUGCGGCCUUUUCGUUUGUGUUAUUGAUUUUGAUUAUAGUUUACACUUGCUUGGUUAUAUUUUCCAAGAAUCCAGAUUUAAGAUUCAAGCCGGCUAAAGAUGAUAGAACAUCUUUCCAAAGAAAUGCCUCCACCAAUGGUCCAAUUGACAAUACUAUUGCUGCUGAAUUGUUGGCAUUGGGUAAUGCAGCUAAAGACCACGAGGAGAAUUGGGAGGAUGAAUUGUACAAGGGUCAAAAGAGUGAAAAGGGAUCGACACCUUAUGAGAAUUCCACAAAUGUUUUCUCUGGUGAAGUUGCCAGUAGUGCGAAUGAAAAUUUGCUUGGUUUGUCCAAUAAUAUUACAGACGAAUUAAAUGAUUCAUCGUCGAAUGACAAUGGGGUUAUGGAAAAUGAUCAUACCAACGAUACAUCUUCAUAUUCUCCAGGUGAAGAUUUUGAUGAAAAAAAUUUACGGUCAAAUUCUGGUAAGCGCCAAUCCAAGGGUCUAAAGGGAAGAUUGUUUUCAUUGACGAAAAAAUUUAAAAAGAGUUCAAAUACAAGUUCUAGGUAUAGUGAUGAUGGGAGGCCCGUAACACAGUUGACAGAUAAUUCCAUAAGUGGUAAUAUAAGACCACAAUCAGAAGCCAAUAAUGGGUUGAUGAGUUCUUAUAGAACUAGUGAACAGUUAGAUGAUGGGUUUGAGUUUAUGGAUAAUCCUAAUGCUCUUGAAGAAAGAGGGAAACCCUUUAUAAAUUAUAAUGAUGCAAGUGGUGAUUUUAACACUAAUUCAAGAUCUGUGCAAAGAGAGGAUAGUAUGCAUUCGUUUUAUGCGAAUAAUCAUGAACCAGGAAAAACGGAUUUGGUCUGA